GUAUUAUUUUACUCCGUAAGAGCUGUCUUGAAACGCUCACCAUCGCAUAAGUAUACACUACACGUCUUGAAUGAUGAAUACACGACAGCCAUGAACACAAUGAGCAUAAAUAAUAGCGUUGCUUUGAGAUUAUUAUCAUUAAUUACACGAAAUAAUUAUAUUUCGAAACCUACUAAAAUAAUACCACGCAGAUUUGUUUUAAACGUCUCUUCUUCAUUCUCUUCAGCUUCUACACCUCGAAACAAUAAUAUUACUACUCCCAUGGCUGCAGCUGCUCCCUUAAUUCAGCCCCUCAAGUAUCCGAUUGUACGCCGUGACGACGCCGUUGUCGACGACUAUCACGGCGUCCUCGUCCCCGAUCCUUACCGCUGGCUAGAAGAUCCUGAUGCAGAAGAGGUAAAAGAUUUUGUCCAGAAGCAGGUGGACCUGACAGAGUCGGUGUUGAAACAAUGUGAAACAAGAGAGAAGCUUCAGAAAAAGCUUACAGAAUUGUAUGAUUAUCCCAAGUAUGAUGCUCCAUUUAGGGAAGGCGACAAGUUCUUCUAUUUCCAUAACACCGGUCUUCAACCUCAAAAAGUCCUCUAUAUGCAGGAUAGGCUGGAUGGACAACCAGAGGUUUUGCUUGAUCCGAAUGAACUCAGUGAGGACGGAACAGUAGCAUUAAGUGUAUAUGCAGUAAGCAAGGAUGCUAAAUACUUGGCGUAUGCUCUCAGUUCGAGUGGAAGUGACUGGGUAACUAUCAAAAUAAUGGGGAUUCAGGACAAAAAAGUUCACAACGAUACUUUGUCAUGGGUCAAGUUCUCAGACAUAAACUGGACCAAUGAUAGCAAAGGCUUUUUCUAUUGUCGUUUCCCAGCUCCAAAGGAAGGUGAAAAAGUAGAUGCUGGGACAGAAACCAAUGCUAAUCUUGAUCAUCAAUUGUACUAUCAUUUCCUGGGCACAGAUCAGUCUGAAGAUAUCUUAUGUUGGGAAGAUCCUGCCAAUCCAAAACAUAAUUUUGGAGCCCAAGUAACAGAUGAUGGAAAGUAUGUUCUUCUUUAUACCUUUGAGAGUACUGAUCCUGUCAACAAGUUUUACUAUUGUGAUAUUUCUGCUUUUUCUAAUGGACUUGAAGGUUACAAGGGGAAAAAUCUUCUUCCCUUUGUUAAGCUUGUUGACAACUUCGAUGCAUAUUAUGGAGCCAUCGCAAAUGAUGAUACUUUGUUCACCUUCCGGACUAAUAAGGAUGCACCAAGAUACAAGUUAGUUCGGGUAGAUUUGAAGGAACCAACUACGUGGACUGAUGUCGUCGAUGAAGCUGAGAAUGUGCUUGAAUCAGCUAUUGCUGUUAACAAAAAUCAAAUAAUUGUGAGUUAUAUGAGUGACGUGAAAGAUGUUCUGCAGCUAAGGGACUUAAAAACUGGUACUUUUCUGCAUCAGUUGCCGAUUGACAUAGGCACCGUGGUUGAUAUCUCUGCCCGGCGUGAGGACAACAUAGUUUUCAUUUCUUUCACCAGCUUCCUGAGCCCUGGUAUAAUAUAUCAGUGUAACCUAGAAAGCGGUGUCCCAGAUCUUAAAAUAUUCCGUGAAAUAAUUGUUCCUGGAUUUGAUCGGGCAGAGUUUCAUGUUAAUCAGGUUUUUGUUCCAAGCAAGGACGGCGUGAGUAUACCAAUUUUCGUAGUGGCUAAAAAAGAUAUUCCUCUUGAUGGGUCACAUCCAUGCUUACUGUAUGCAUAUGGUGGAUUUAACAUUAGCAUCAAACCAUCGUUCAGUGUUAGUCGUAUUGUACUUAUGAGGAAUUUAGGUGCCAUCUACUGUAUAGCAAACAUCCGAGGUGGCGGGGAGUAUGGAGAAGAAUGGCACAAAGCUGGUCGCCUUGCAACUAAACAAACUUGCUUUGAUGAUUUCAUUUCUGCUGCCGAGUAUCUUGUAUCCACGGGGUAUACCCAGCCGAGCAAGUUGUGCAUUGAAGGCGGAAGCAACGGUGGACUUCUUAUCGGAGCUUGUAUCAAUCAGAGACCUGAUCUAUACGGCUGUGCUCUUGCUCAUGUUGGUGUGAUGGACAUGCUCCGAUUCCACAAAUUUACUAUUGGCCAUGCAUGGACCUCCGAAUAUGGUUCUUCAGAGAAUAAAGAAGAGUUCCAUUGGUUAAUCAAGUACUCACCACUACACAAUGUCAAGAGACCAUGGGAAAAAUCACCUGCUCAAGCUUCUCAGUACCCAGCUACAUUGCUCCUGACAGCUGAUCAUGAUGAUCGAGUCGUGCCACUGCACUCAUUGAAAUUCUUGGCGACCUUGCAAUAUGUUCUAUGCACAAGCUUGGACAAAAGCCCUCAGACCAACCCAAUUGUCGCUAGAAUUGAUAUCAAGGCUGGGCAUGGAGCUGGACGUCCCACAAAAAAGAUAAUUGAGUCAAGCGCAGACAGUUAUAGCUUCAUGGCCAAGAUGUUGGGUGCAUCUUGGGUUGAUUAGCUGAUGGCAAGGCCAGGGAAAAUAGCUUGACGUCCUUGAAUUGACUCAUUUUUAUAUCGGUAUUUGUCUUAAUGGGACAGUUCAUUUGCUUCUUUAUGAUUGGUAAUCACUUGUUAAAUAUGGAACUUUUUGGUUGUCAAUAUUGACAUAUACCAAGUUGAGAUGUAUGUUUUCAAAUUCAAUUUGUUAUGUCUCUAGGGCUAGCUCAUGAUACUUUAUGAACAAUAAACUACAAUCUAACCCCCCCUCCCCAAGGGCCUCCCCUCCCCAACUGUUGUACAAUAACAAUAUCUCGUUUAUUUAGAAGUUGUAUUUGCAAUACUGCAAAUGAAAGGGCUAUUGAUAGCAAUAUUGAUUAUGUAAUUGUUUUUAAUGUUA